AUGACUCUCCUCGUGACCAGCUUGCUGUUAUUAGCAGCAACCGAAGCUGCGCGCUCUGCCGUUGUGUAUGAACGAGAAGAUGUGCCAGGGAACCCGACCAUUUCGCUCGAUAACGGGACCUUUGUAGGUGUAUCGGAAGGGCCGCUCUCGAUCUUUCGCGGCAUCCCGUUUGCUCAACCACCCGUCGGUAAUCUUCGCCUCCGGCUACCCGUGGCGAGUGACCCCUACAGCGGCAUGUACAACGCUACAAGCUUUGGUCCCGCGUGCAUUCAACAAGUCAACAACGACAAGAACUUCACCGGUCUCAAUGCUAAUGCUACAGACCUCCUCAAAAACCAAGUAUUCCCUGGCGCUAUCACCACGGACGAUGAAGACUGCCUGACCAUCAAUGUAUAUACUCCUGCAAAUGCAACCAAUAGCUCCAUGCUCCCUGUCGUUUAUUGGAUAUACGGAGGCGGAUUCGAGGACGGCGGAACAUCUAUCUACAAUGGAAGCGUGAUUGUUGAGAGGGCUCUGCAACUCGCGCAACCAGUGGUCUAUGUGUCGGUGAACUACCGGUUAUCCGCGCUUGGGUUUCCCGGAGGCAUAGAAGCGCAGCAGGCUGGAGUUGAGAACUUGGGUUUGCAGGACCAGCGUCUCGGUCUCCGCUGGGUACAGAAGUACAUAUCCGCCUUCGGUGGCGAUCCUUCGAAGGUGAUAAUAUGGGGGGAGAGCGCUGGCUCGGUCUCGGUCGCUCUGCAUAUGCUGACGAACAACGGAGAUAACGAAGGGCUCUUCCGUGGUGCUUUCAUGGAAUCGGGGAGUCCCACUUGGCUGGGCCCCUUGCAACAGAAUGACGCGCAGGCAUCAUUCGACCAAUUGGCCCGGGAUACAGGUUGCGAUGACUUCCUUCAAAGCGUCGCUGUCUUCGACUGUCUUCGCAACGUCUCUACAUCCGACUUCCGCUCGGCUAUCCAAGCAUCUACCGAUAUCUUCGACUACUCGAGUCUCAGUCUAGCGUGGCAACCUCGCGUAGACGGCGCGUUCUUGGCUGACUCCCCCCAGCAGCUAGUACUAAAUGGUUCUGUGGCUAAUGUGCCGUUCGUGACUGGUGACUGCGAUGAUGAGGGGACGCUGUUCAGCUUGAGCAACAGCAACAUAACGACCGAUGACGACCUUCGCCAAUACCUUCCCCGGUUCUUCCCUAACCCCUCGAACGCUUCACAGCUCGACGACAUCCUCGCCGCGUACCCAGCGGACCCGACACUCGGUUCGCCGUUCGACACUGGGGCCAAUAACUCCAUCACGCCUCAGUUCAAGCGGGUCUCCGCCAUCCUCGGCGACCUCAUCUUCCAAGCACCACGGCGCUUCUUUCUCUCCGAACGCUCUGGAAACUCGACAACCUUCGCUUUCUUGAGCAAGAAGUUGAAGUCGACUCCCAUACUCGGCGCGUAUCACAGCACCGACCUAAUGGACAUCUUCGGACCCGGUCCUCUCACGGACGCGCUAAUCAACUUCGCGACGAACCUCGAUCCCAACGGCCCGACGCUCAUCGACUGGCCGGCGUACACCAGCGAGACACCCGCGCUGCUCACGCUCAGUGAUGGGAACGUCACGCAGGCGAUUACCAAUGAUACGUACCGCGUGGAGGGGAUGCAGGCUCUUACGCAGGUAGCCCUUUCUGGGUCCUUGUGA